AAUCAAAUUAUUGUCCCUGAUAAUAGAAGCUGGAAAAACUUUUUUACAUACAUGGGGCCUGGGUUUCUUGUUUCCAUUGCAUAUAUAGACCCAGGAAACUUUGAGACAGAUCUUCAAUCAGGGGCACAAUAUAAAUAUGAGGUAUUUACGGUGUAUUUUCAUGCAGUUGCUUCAGCUUUGAAAUAUAAUUUUGUUUCCAAUUUAGACUACAUGUGUCUUGAACUGGUAUAUAAAGUUAAGAUGUUGAAGUCAUGUAGCAUGUAUACUUGGUUGCCCAUUAUUCACCGUUUGCCACAGUAAAGAACCAUUUCAACCCAAAACCUUAAGCUUAGGUGAGGGCCUCUUUAAUGAUUUAUAUUAUACUCUAAUACGCCCCCUCAUAAGAGAGCCCAUUGGACUUAAGAGGUGGAUGAUGCAUCAGAUCCAGCCUACCUGUGCUAAGAGAUUCCACAAAAAAAAUGGGAGGCGGCGAGGAUCGAACUUGGGACACCGAGGCUCUGAUACCAUGUAAAGAAUCAUUUCAACCCAAAAACUUAAGCUAUUAGUUACUUUGGAUCAUUUUGGUGGCGUCAUGUGCUGCUCUUAUAAUUCAAUCAAUGGCAGCCAAUCUUGGGGUUGUCACUGGAAAGCACUUAGCAGAGCAUUGUAGAAAUGAAUAUUCUCGGGGGCCCAACUUUAUCCUUUGGUUUAUUGCUGAAAUUGCCAUAGUGGCCGCUGACAUUCCUGAAGUAAUUGGUACAGCCUUUGCAUUGAACAUGCUCUUCAACAUACCUGUUUGGAUUGGUGUUAUUCUGACAGGAUUCAGCACAUUGAUCCUCUUAGCAUUACAGCAAUAUGGGGUUAGGAAACUUGAAUUUGUUAUUGCAUUUCUAGUAUUUACAAUUGCUGCUUGCUUUAUGGUUGAGCUUGGAUAUGCAAAGCCUGAUGCGAGAGAAGUUACGAAGGGUCUUUUUGUUCCAGAUCUUAAAGGGAGUGGUGCUACUGGUCUUGCAAUUUCACUUCUUGGGGCUAUGGUUAUGCCGCACAAUCUCUUCCUCCACUCAGCACUGGUGCUUUCUAGAAAAAUACCACGAUCAGUUCGUGGAGUCAAAGACGCUUGCAGAUUUUACAUGAUAGAAAGUGCCAUUGCUCUUACGGUGGCCUUCCUCAUAAAUAUUUCUAUUAUCUCCGUAAGUGGUGCAGUUUGCAAUUCUUCAAACUUGAGUAUAGAAGAUCAGAUGAACUGUCAGAAUUUGGAUUUGAACAAGGCCUCCUUUCUACUAAGAAAUGUCUUGGGCAAAUGGAGUUCAAAACUAUUUGGAAUUGCUUUGCUCGCGUCAGGCCAAAGUUCCACUAUAACAGGAACAUAUGCAGGGCAGUAUGUCAUGCAGGGUUUUCUUCAUUUACGACUGAAGCCAUGGAUUCGAAAUCUGUUAACUCGUUGCUUUGCCAUAGUUCCUAGUUUGACUGUUGCACUCAUUGGUGGCUCUUCUGGAGCUGGGAAGCUCAUAAUAAUUGCAUCAAUGAUCUUAUCAUUUGAGCUUCCUUUUGCUUUGGUUCCUCUCCUCAAGUUCACUAGCAGCAAAACCAAGAUGGGAACACAUGUCAACUCGAUCAUGAUUUCGGCUGUUACUUGGAUCAUUGGUUUCCUCCUCAUGGCCAUAAAUAUAUACUAUUUAUUAGAUAGCUUCGUCAAUUUGCUUCUUCAUAGCCACUUAAAAUUUGUUGCUAAGGUGUUUCUCGGGAUAAUAGGAUUUUCGGGUGUGGCAGUAUAUUUGGCUGGUAUUGUAUAUCUAGUGUUUCGCAAAAAUAGAAAGGCUACACACCUUUUGUCACUUACUACACCGGAAGAAGAUCAACAAAUGGCAAAUGAACAAGGCAAUGGAUCAAUGUAUUGUCUCCCAAGAGAAGACAUAGUAAGCAUGCAACUGCCACAAAGAAGUAGUCCAGCAGCAGAACUUGAAUGAGAAAUAUUUGAUUAAGUUGUAUUAGCACCUAUUAAAGCUUUUGUUUGUGGGAACUGCAUGUGAUGCAUGAGGUUCCUGUAGAAUGCAACUUUUUGUUAAAUGUAAUGCCUAUCUUAACAGCUUUUUUCUUAAAAUAGAAGUGAGCAUUUGUGUAGAAAGACCCUUUGUCCUAUCUUCGACUCUUCCUAUUGUCACCUAUCAUACCACAUUA